AUGAAUGACACCAUAUGCUUUACCUGUCCGGGCACUGCGGAGUUGAUGGAUAUGUUGUCGGGAAAGGAAACUCGAUUUUCGCGCCCUGUAGCCACUAAGGCUGAGGAAUUGGCCGUCACCUAUCUGUUCAUAUGUGCAUGUACUCGAUUUUAUCUCAUCUGCAUCAGGCUUUUCUCGACCUGA